AUGGCGAUCGUGCACACGGUCGAUCCUGCGCAGAGCGACCCGGGGGCGGCGCCACGGCCCCCGGUCGGCAUGUGGGUGUACCUCGGCGACGUCGUGCACGCCGGUCUCGGCACGUCGACGACGCUGCCGACGACCUGGCAGGCCGUCGUCGACGAGUUCGGCGACUUCCCGCCGAUCGAGGUCACGGUCGACGGCGGGGAGCCUUGGGUCAUCGAGCGCGGCGCCUACGUGCGCGUCCGGUUCGUGCUGCGAGACGGGUUCCUACUUGACCACUGGUGCAUUGUGGUUGGUGCAGUCGAGGACGUUUCGCUCCCGGGGGGCUUCAGGAUCCUCGUCGCGAGGAUCCUCGCCUCACGGGACCUCAAGCGCCUGACAGGCGGCCUGGUUGAUCUCGACCGGAUGCCGCGCGAGGUGCGCGGGGCGACAACGUCUGCCGGCAUGAUUCGCGAGCAGGUCGGGAUCCCGCUCUCCGCGAUCUUGGACGUCCGCGGCCCUCUUGCGAACGGCAUGGCGCCCUGCGGCACCGCUGACAAGGGCGACCUUCACCCGGUGUCCGCGGACGUCGAUCUGGUGACGGGUGUCAAGCGACGGAUCGUCGAUGACGUCGAACACCCCGUACCCAGGGUGCAGUACUAUGAGAGAGAGGAUGAGGCAGACCAAGCCGGAGAUUGGGAUGCGGCGGUGAUGGCGGCGCGAGGAUCGCGCCGGAUGCGGCCGGCGACUCGCCCUCGGGGAGCGACACUCGCGCCGACGAGCACGGAGCUCGCUCGCACAUGA